CCACCCUCACCAGAGCGUAGAGGCGUCAGACCGCCGCCACAGCAUCCCGGUUACGCACCGCUCAGAGGCCCCGUCGUCGGAUCGCAGCGCCAGAAACAGCUGAAGAAGGAAGUGAACAUCGCCGCGCACACGGCCACAGCUGCAGUCAGUGAUGGAGAGCCUGCUGGAUAAUCCAAUGAAAGCCGUUCUCUACCUGAAGGAGCUCACCACCAUCGUGCAGAACCAGCAGAGCCUGAUCCAGACGCAGCGCCAACGCAUCGACGAACUCGAGCGGAAGGUGGAGGACCUGAUCGGAGAGAACCGACAGUUGCGGGACCCCCACCACUACGUCCAGCAGCCCCCCCAGCCUCAGCACCACCAUCACCACCACCACCACCCCCCGACUCACCGCAGCGCCAGUCCCCAGGCGCCGGCCCACCUCCAUCCGCACCCGGGGAGCAACAAAGCUGCGGCUCACCUCGGCCAGCAGGCGCAGCAGCAGCAGCAGCAGCCUCCGCCGCCGCAGCAGCAGCAGCAGGUCACCGGUCUGUCGGCCCAGCCUCAGCAGCACCACGCUCCUCCUGUGCCGUCUUCCCACCACCCCCAGCAGCUGCAGCUCGUCCCCACCUCGCCGCAGUCGCCCAAAGCGAGCAAAGCCAGCCCCGACUCCGCCGAGGAGGACAAGAGGAGCCCCUGCUGCAAGUCCCUGGUUCCGCAGACUCCCACCACGCUCUGCCGCUCAGUUGGACUGGCCAGGAAAGCGGACAACCAGACAGUGCUCCACCAGUUCUGCUGCCCAGCCCCGGAGGCCCCUGAGGGGGAGACCUCUACCGCCUGUGUCCCCAGCGAUGACCUUUCUCCAGACUCGUCUAUGGGGGAGGAAGGGAAGGGAGGAGAGGGGGAGCUGCAGAGUGAGGCCCAGUCACAGCCAGAACCACAACCACAGCCACAGCCCCAACAACAGCCCCAACAACAGCAAGAGACUCAGCCACAGACUCAGCCACCACAGCCCCAGUCUGAGGCCCAGCCACAGAUUCAACCCCAGCCCGAAGUCAAACCUCAGCCAGAACCAGAACCAGAACCAAAACCCCAGCCUGCACCAGAGCCCGAGCCCAAAACGGAGGCUCCGAGCGAGGCGGCGCCGCAGGACGCCCCCAAAGAAGCCCCUUCGCCUUGCAGAGAGGAGCAGCAGACUGGGGGGAAGGAGGAAGAGAAGGACAAGUCAGAAGAAGGAGUUGUGGAGGCUAAGAGAGAGCGGGAGGGGCAGGAGGAGAAGGAGGAGGAGGAGGAGGAGGCCAAGCGGCAUGAGGGCGAGGCAGCACAGGAGGAAGAGGAGGACGAGGAUGGUGGGGGAGCUAAAGGAGGUGGCGCGGGGAGGAGGGCCAGCUUGCACCACACGGCCUCCCCCUUGAGGGUGCAGCGCAACGGGGCCGGCUCGCACUCCGCCACCUCCGACUAUGAGCUCUCGCUUGACCUCAAAAAUAAGCAGAUCGAAAUGUUAGAGCACAAAUACGGUGGCCACCUCAUCUCCCGCCGUGCUGCCUGCAAGAUCCAGACUGCCUUCCGCCAGUACCAGCUCAGCAAAAACUUUGAGAAGAUCCGCAAUUCGCUCUUGGAGAGUCGUCUGCCUCGACGCAUCUCCCUGCGCAAGGUCCGUGUCCAGAAUACGGAGGGUUUCUCCGCUGAACGGGCGCUGGCAGAAGGCUGUAACUUGGCAGGGAUCCCACUGGUGCGCUCGCCAUCUCUGCCUGCCACAGUCGGUGGCACCCUGACCGACCUGGAAGACUCAUUCACUGAACAGGUUCAGUCACUGGCAAAGUCCAUUGACGAUGCACUCAGCAACUGGAGCCUGAAGACCAUGUGUUCCCUGCAAGAAGGCGGCACCUAUCAGUUCACCGCCGACUCCUUCAGUGCGGCGGCGGCAGCAGCAGCGGCGGCUGCGGGUGCAGGAGGGGGUGGAGAAGGAGGCAGUUUGGGAGAGUCGGCAAUUCAUCAAGGCCCUGUGGACCCGAGUGAUCUGUCGAGAAGCGCAAGUAAGCUGAUGAUGGCGUUUCGAGAUGUGACAGUGCAGAUUGACAGCCAGAACUUCCGUGUUUCGUCAUCAGUCAUGGAAUCAUCCACUUCCGUCACGCUUGGCAGUGGCGCCGAACAAGACGGAACCUCCACCACUGUCACAACCACAACAAACUCCACACCAGCUUUCGUUGUCCCCCCUGCCUCCUCACAAGAACCCCCUCCUCCGCCUGCAGAGGUCCCAGCUCAGCACAUAGAUCCGCCACCACCACCCCAAGAACCCCCACCACCGCCGGAGCCUGACAUAGAAGGAGGCGAUCAGGAUAUUGAAUUCCCUGCGCCGCCUCCCAGUGAAGAAGAGCUGGGAGAGGAUGAACAACCUCCCCUGACCCCUCUGGAUAAGAUGGCUGCCCCUCAAAGCCUAGAGGAGGUUGGCAUGGUGGCACCGCCGCCAGGAGAACCUCCCCACAUCCCUCCGCCACAGGAGGCUGUGCUGCUGGGGAGCUCUCCUGUGGUGGAGCCUCUGGAUGUCAAGAGAUGCGGCUCUGAGACGGCGGACAACAGCUCAGAGCAGAUGAGCAGCAGCAGCACGUCGACGGAGGCGCGCUCAACAUCCGAAGCCUCGUCCAAGGAGGCACUGCAGGCCAUGAUCCUCAGCCUGCCACGCUACCACUGUGAGAACCCCGCCAGCUGUAAAUCACCCACGCUGUCCACGGACGUCAUGAGAAAGCGCCUCUACCGCAUCGGCCUCAACCUCUUCAAUGUAAAUCCCGACAAGGGCCUUCAGUUCCUGAUCUCACGAGGCUUCAUCCCAGACACGCCCAUCGGCGUAGCCCACUUCCUGUUACAGAGGAAGGGCCUGAGCCGACAGAUGAUCGGAGAGUUCCUGGGCAACAGCAAGAAGCCCUUCAACAGAGACGUCCUGGAUUGUGUAGUGGAUGAGAUGGACUUCUCAGGCAUGGAGCUGGACGAAGCACUGAGGAAGUUCCAGGCCCACAUUCGCGUCCAGGGAGAAGCCCAGAAGGUGGAACGUCUUAUCGAGGCCUUCAGCCAGCGCUACUGCAUGUGUAACCCUGACGUGGUGCAGCAGUUUCACAAUCCGGACACCAUCUUCAUCCUGGCCUUUGCCAUCAUUCUGCUCAACACGGACAUGUACAGCCCCAACAUCAAGCCCGACCGCAAGAUGUUAUUGGAGGACUUCAUACGGAACCUACGAGGUGUGGACGAUGGAGCAGACAUCCCCAGAGACAUGGUGGUGGGAAUCUAUGAAAGAAUACAACAGAGAGAGUUGCGCUCCAACGAAGACCACGUCACCUACGUCUCCAAGGUUGAGCAGUCCAUCGUAGGCAUGAAAACAGUUCUUUCCGUCCCUCAUAGAAGACUAGUGUGCUGUAGCCGACUGUUUGAGGUGACAGAUGUCAACAAGGCCCAAAAACAGGCAGCACACCAGAGAGAAGUCUUCCUCUUCAAUGAUCUCAUUGUGAUCCUGAAGCUUUGUCCAAAGAAGAAGAGUACUGCAGCCUACACUUUCUGCAAAGCUAUGGGCCUACUUGGCAUGCAGUUCCACCUGUUUGAAAAUGAAUACUACCCUCAUGGAAUCACCAUCCUGUCCCCGUUUGGCUCGGACAAGAAGCAGGUCCUCAACUUCUGCGCCCAAAGUGCUGAAGAGCUGCUCAAGUUUGUAGAAGACCUGAAGGAAUCCAUCGCAGAGGUGUCGGAGAUGGAGCAGAUACGCAUCGAGUGGGAGCUGGAGAAGCAGCAGGGAGCCAAGACGCACUCGGUAAAGAACAACGGCACACAGCUCGAGCUUCGCGGCAAACAGGGCUCCCCAUCAGGAAACCAGGAGGUAGAUGACAGAAGCGGACACAACACGGUAGAGGUGUCAAUUCACAACAGGCUUCAGACGUACCAGCUCAGCAGCAGCAGCAGCAGCACGGCUCGGAGUCCCGAGAGCGUGGCCCUUCUUAACCACCGGGGAGAGCUGCUUUUCCAGCAGGGACCCCCGGGGUUGACCCAGGGGCCGGCGCCUCCACCUCAGCACCCGCAGCUGCAGUCAGCGGCGAGCACCCCCGCCCACCAUCUUCCCCUCCAGCAGCACCACCAGCCCACCGUCAGCAUGGCCGAUCUGCGGCCCGAGACACUCAUCCAGUGUCAGCAGAUCGUCAAGGUCAUCAUGCUGGACAACAGCAGCCAUGGACGCAUGGAGGCCUUCCUCAGCCAAACGCCCACACACCACCACUACCAGCACCACCACCACAGCCACCACCAGCUUAGCCAGUCCGCCAUGUCCACCCCCGUCCGCUCCCCGGACGGCAACGACGGCCACCAGCCCCCGCUGCCUCCCCCGCCUCCCCCUUACAACCACCCUCAUCAGUAUAUACCCCCAGACCCCCGGCUCGGUCUACACCGGACCCCAAGUGGCUCUCGGAGCAUGGUGUAAAUAAAUAAUUAGUAUCCUUCCCCUGAAACACCGACACACGCUUCCACAUUAGCCCCUUGUCUACCUAUUUAUCAGUACAUACUGUACAUAUAUACAUACAGAUGAAAGAGCUAUAAUGAAAAAAUAAAAUCCCACUUAUAUGCAUAUAUUUAAGGAAAAAGAUUUUAAAAAAAUCAAGGUUUUAAAAGAGAUAAGGAGAAAUAAAGUGCAUAUAUAAAGUUUUACUUGAUUCCACAUGUAUUUUGAAAUAUUAUGUAGUUUUAACAAAUUUCUAUAACUUUUUGUCAGUUUUAACUCUUGCUAGAGAAAAACUCACAGAUAUUCAGUUUGUGGUUGGAUUCCUUGUAGUUCCAGUAUUCACCACCAACAAGAACAACAACAAGAGAAAUACAUGAAUCCCUCAAACUGUUUUCCCAGUAAUGGAUGGACGCACUCCAAGGACCUUCUGCUUCUGUUCGCUUUUAUCAUCCCAAACCUCAUGCCUACUGUGCUGUACAUGCACAUGCGUGCAUAGUUGACACUUAACUGAAAACGUGUGCCAAAAUACAUAUGCCUCCACAAAACAAUGACUCCUUUGCACUUGACUAAACGCUAGGGCUAGAAGAAAAAAGAAAAAAAACUCCUCCUUUGCUUUGAGAAAAUAGUCCUUUCAGGCUUCUCCCUCAAGGAGCACAAAAAAAAUGAAUAGAAAAACUGAUAUUUCAUAAAAACCUAUCUACUCAUUUGCGCUGUUGCUGAUUUAUUUACGUGAUGGAGGGCCUUCUCUCUUCUUGUCUGCUCUCCGGGAUUUAAAAAAAGAAAAGCAAAAUGACAUCCUCCGAUAAGCUGUAUUUGUCAUCUGCUCCUCUGUUCCGUUGUGGCUCUCUAUCAUCAGAAAACACUCUCACUCAAUUGUCACUCUCCAUACAUCAAACCACAGAGAAGAAUGACAGGAACCAAAGGCAACCAAUCACACGGAUUGCUGCCAUACCAAAAACAAAAACAACAAAAAAAAAAGUCAGCCCAGGAUGGUUCAGAUGAUUGUUGUUUGUCUCUUACUCUUCAUGUUUAAUAUCGCUAAGGCUUCCCAGGAAAUCGUGGCCACUUUUAUCUGCAGAUGAAGGGAGCGUUUUUCAUAUUUCAGGCGCCUCUUGAACUUUUCUAAAACUCCAGCGUUCACGUGUAAUAUAUGUAACAACACACUGUGCUGUCAUCUGUUGUUUCUCAAAAUGCUUCUUCGCUUUUUCAGGAAAAAUCGCACCGUGAAUUUACAUGAAGACGCUUCUGCUACAAAAAAUGUUAAAUGUCGAGACUUUAAUUUGCCACUGUGCCGCCAUUAUGUGUGUGUGUGUGCGUGUGUGUGUGUUCUUGUACUUGCUACAUGGUGAGUACCAUUUUCUGCAUUUAACUAUCAAAGUGAGGACAUUUUUACAAAGUGAGGACAUUUUGGACGGUCCUCACUUUGAAACAGCCAUGUUUGAGGGUGAAGACUUGUUUUUAGAGAACAGGUAUGAAUUGAGGUUUGGUUAGGGUUAGGGUAAGGAUUAAGUUUAGGCAAUCAGUUGUGAUGGUUAAGGUUUGGGUAAGGCUCUAGGAAAUGCAUUAUACCUAUGGAUGUCCUCACUAAGAUAGAAGUACAAACAUGUGUGUGUGUGUGUGUGUGUGUGUGUGUGUGUGUGUGUGUGUGUGUGUGUGUGUGUGUGUGUGUGUGUGUGUGUGUGUGUGUGUGUGUGUGUGUGUGUGUGUGUGUGUGUGUGUGUGUGUGUGUGUGUGUGUGUGUGUGUGUGUGUGUCUCCAUCGGUGGAUAACUGCAGGACUGAAUCCGCCCACAGAAACAUCCAGACACUGCCCCUUUAUGUCCCAGGUUUGGUUUCAGAUCCUUGUGACUGUUUUCUCCUCUCUCUUAACCUUUCAGUCUGACAUUUUCAAAAAGGCUAAAACUACACGGCUUCUGUUGCAAAUGCUGGCAUUAAUGGCAUUGUUUGUGCUGUUGGCUAUCCUGCUUUUAAAUGAGAAUGGGACAAAAAGAAUGCAUUAUCUGAUCUCUUUCUAUUUCACCUCAGCCUAGAUUGUAAAUACCACAUUGGGGCAGUGUCAGAAAGGACAAGCAAGCCACCUUUAGCCCCCUUCAAAUCGCUAUCGCCCCGUCCUUCAAUCUGAAAUAGGUCAGCGACUGCCCCGGCCCCAGAACGCGUACAUCUUUUAAACAUAAGCCCCCACCAAGUACCGUGGAAUGGAUGUUCAGGUUAACUCUGCUCCCCAUCUGACCUCCAUCUGUCUGAUUUGUUGAUUUAUAAUCACAGAGCCUCUGCAGGGAGGUCUCCGUCUCAUCUUUCCGUCCUUUUUCCUCUUAGGAUUUCACCCCGAGAAAAGAGAGAGGCUGCUGAUAUAACAAAAUCAAAAAGAAAAACUGUCGGUUGCUGUGUGGCAGAGAUGAUGAGUGCUCAAUGUGUGGCUGAUCACAGCAGCAUCGUGACUUCUCGAGUAAACAAAUCCAUCCUCUCCCCCCUCCAUAAUGGCUUUUGUUAUUAUUUCACAAGACAAAAGAGAAGAAUUAGCGCUUUGAAAUUGACGAGCUGCUGCGAUGAUGAUGAUCAGUUUUAACACUUUUACCGGCUGCAAGCAAACUUUUUGAAGGUUAACUUUUAGCAGAUUGCAUCUACUAUUAUGGAUUUUUACAGUGAUUGAUGAUGAUUGUACGAUUGCUCAUUUAUUUGUUUCAAAUCCGAUAUAAUGUGAUUGAUUUUUCUCAUGCAUGACAUCAGUUUGAAGGCCUAUUUGAACCCAGAAGUCUUGAAUUUAUUGUGCAUGACUGACCUUCGCUGUGAGCACACUAGUGGGAAAAGAAGGUUUGUGUUGGAAGUAAAAAAUAUAAAUAUUACAGAUGCUUUUUUUUAUGAUGGCAAACACUUGUUCAAACACAAAAUAUAUAUUUGGGAGUUUAUGUGCCUCGCGGCAAGUUAGACGCCUCUUUCAUGGCCAUUUUUUUGUUUUGUUUUUCUGUCUUUUACUUUGCGUAUUUGGGGACAGAUGCGUGUGCAAUAAACACGAGGCACACUGGAAAAUCGUGGCUUUUGCGAGGGAAACCAAUGUAGCAUUUUUAGGAGUGUAGCGGAUGAUGUGGAAGCGCAGCGGAGGCUACCUUUCAUGAAGAAACUCACCAAAAGGGCUCUGCCAUACCAGUGCACUGCUUCAUGAAUGACGUGUGGAUCUCGUGUGGCUCUUCAACACUGUGUUUGCUCAUACUAGUAUAAAAGAAAUUCAAAGAGUGGACAUAUUUAUGAACAGACAGGCGGGAAACUGAGCGCAAACAGAUAUGAACCAUUGUCUCCCUCAGUUGGCUUCGAAUCCCUCUCUACCUGUCUUUGCAGUAUAUCAACAUGCAAUUAAAGAUGAUUUAAGUCUAUUCAA